AUGCAACAUGUAAAACCGCUGGCGCUACCCACGGCUACCCGUUUCUAUUAUCCGAGCUAUGCCCGGUCCCAAUGGGUUCGGAUAAUCGAGGUCGAGGUUCUACUGUACCUAUCAAUAAUAUAUUUGAACAUGAAGAAAUUUAAAGAUAUCAGAUCUUUUUUUCAAACCCAAACCAAUCCUCCAAGGACACGUGGAAAUAACACGGAGGUAGAUGCAAUAAGACCUAUUAUUCCUACAUGCGAAUCAUCAACAAACUUAAUACAGGAAUCUUGUUUGAACAAAACAAAGGAGGUUGAAAGUACAAAGGAUUCAGAAAACUCCCUUGUAUGCUUGCCAGCAUCAACGUCACAGUCAGCCGACUCAGCCGUACAAACGGAUAUCGUCGUCAGUGAUUCCACGAGAUCUUUUUCUAAAAAUGUUGACAAACCAAACGAAUUAGGCACUCUUCAAGUUGGACCAUCACAACCCGUUAUAAAUUUCCCAAAAACAAAAUUUGGAACAAAAUUGAGAUCAUUUUCGUCGAGAUAUUAUGAAUCAUAUAAUAGCUGGUUGGAAUACAGCAAAGAAGAAGAUAAAGUCUACUGUUUCGUAUGCAGACACUUCAACAAGGGAAAUAUACGCGAUCAAAAUGAAAAAUUUGUGAAAAGUGGUUUUAACAACUGGAAAAAACUAGCAGAGGCGUUAAAAAAACACUCAGAAUCAUCGCCUCACGCUGAAUGCAGCCAAAUGUAUGUCUCCUACCGUCAAUCUUUUACAGUUGGAGAUGUUCAUCAACAACUUAUGAAACAGCAAGAGGAAGAAAUUGUUCAAAACAGAGAAUACUUAACAAAACUUAUUGACAUAGUACUGACCCUUGUUCGUCAGGGUUUGCCUUUAAGAGGGCACCGAGAGGACCCAUCUUCUAAAAAUAGAGGUAACUUCUUGGAAAUUGCUCAAUUUUUUUCUAAAUACGAUGACAAAUUUUCACUCCACUUUGAAAAACACUACAAUUACUGCAGCCCAGAUAUACAAAAUGAAAUAAUUGAGGUGAUAGCAAACCUUACUCUGGAGGAAAUUGUGAAAGAAGCUAAAGCAUGUGGCUUUUUUUCUUUGAGUGUGGAUGAGGCCAGAUGCUCUAAAGAGGAACAAUUAUCAAUGGCCAUAAGAUAUGCGAACGGUCUGGAUAUUGUCGAAAGAUUUAUAGGUUUCAUUAAUUGUUCCACCUCCAGAGAUGCGCAAGGACUGGCUACACUAAUUUUGGACACUUUGAAUAAACACCAUUUGGGUGAUGUUCCAAUUCUUGCGCAGUCUUAUGAUGGCGCCAGCGUCAUGUCUGGUCAAAAUCGAGGCCUACAGGCGAUUAUAAAAGAAACUCACCCUCACGCAAUUUACAUUCAUUGUUUAGCACACAAGCUUAAUCUGGUGGUUGUUGAUUCGUGCGCAAAUGUUUCACUGGCAAAGACAUUUUUUAACGGCCUUGAAGCUUUGUAUAUCCACUUCUCACAACCUGGUCAUCAUGCCAGCCUAAAAAAAUUACAAAGCACUCUUGGAAUUAAUACCAACCGUGAAAUGGGAAGUCUAAGUACUACCAGAUGGAGUUGUCGCUACGAAAACUGCAAAGCAUUACUGACAAAUUAUGAGGCAAUUAAAUUGGCUUUGGAACAAGAGAUCACUAAAAACCGAGACAAGCACACAGUAGAAGCACUCGGAUUGCUAACAAUUAUUACGAAACCAGAGUUUGUCGUCUCUUUACACACAUUUCACUCAGUUCUCGCUAUAGUGAAUGUACUGAGUAAAUUUUUUCAGACACAAAAUGCAACUCUUGGUCAGGCUAGUGAUCUCAUAGAAAGUACUAUAGGUACUUUUGAAGCAUGCAGGAAUCAGUUCAAAAUUUGGACAGAUAUCGAGCAGUUUGCUAUAAAGCAAGAGAUUUCACUAGAACCUGUUAGAGUAUCAAAACGGAGACGUCAACAAAAGGACUUUUAUACUGAGUCAACUGUGGGCAAAAGUAAUACAUUAGAUUUGCCGGCCGAUACACCACCAGAAGAGUACUGGAAGAUCAACAUUUACUACCAAGUAGUUGAUAAUAUUAUUGUAAAUCUAAAACGCCGAUUUGAAAAUGUACCGUUAGCUCGUGCAGUUGAUGCUUUUUUGAAAUUGGAUAUGAAGAACGGAGAGGAUUUCAUCAAUAAUUAUAAAAAAAUCUUAAUAAUUGAUACUUCAGCCUUAGAAGCUGAAGCGAUGGUCAUGAAAAACAUGCUUCAAUUUAAAAAUGACGAAAUGAAUGCUGAAAAUUUUAGAAAGCAUAUUAAAAAAGAGUACUGCCCUAAUUUAUAUAAACUUCUCCAAGCAGCAAUAGUACUCCCAGUGAGUUCCGCCGGCUGCGAGAGAAGUUUUUCUGCUAUGAGGCGGAUAAAAACGUGGCUUGGAAGCACAAUGCUUCAGGAACGAUUCUCUCAUAUGUCACUGCUCAACAUAGAGAAUGACACUGUAUUGCCAAAGUUUGAUAUUAAUGUCAAUAUGAACGUGUGA